AUGUCUACCGCUGUCCGACAACGCAAUGUGAAGCCUGUUGGCAAUGGAACAGCUGGCUCAUCUCAUUUGGAUGUUUCCAUGGGAAAUGCGACCACGAAGAAGUCCGAUGCUAGUUCCCACAAACAACAACUGCUCUUGGCCAGUUUGAUAUCGCGCAAGAAUGCCGUCUACUACAUUCCUCUGCUGGUCUUUUGCUACAUUUUUGGUCCUACGGCCAUGCAUGCCCCCAAGGCGAUAUAUGUGUGGGCAUCUCAUGGAUUUGUGACCGAGUUCUUGUUGGGUGCCGGGAUUAGAGAUAUGGUCGGCAGCUUGGUGGUAGAUCCGAAUCAACUCAUGGUGGGAGAUGUGAAUCCUCCCACGCCCUUGGCCGCUUACAAGGAUAU